AGAGAGAGAGAGAGAGAAAAAAAAAAAUAGUGAAAGAAGAGAAGCGUCCGAGAGUGGUGCGAAAACGAUCGGCAGAUCAGUAACGAUUCCCGCAAGAGCUCUUCGGCCUCUUCGUUCUACCUCGAAGGGAUGCCCACCGCGGAAAAAUUCGCGUCGCGCGAUCGACAAGAUCGACGAAACGACGGACAGCCCUGUUCAACGCAACCACGAGCCCAUGUCGUCGAAAGAUAUUCCCAAUCAUUCGCGAGAACCUCGUCGCGAGAAACUCUGACCAACACACGCUCGAGGAGACGACAUGUCGGACAUAUAGCAAGAUCGUAGACCGGACUGAAUUAUUCGCUGAAGAACUGGCGGAUUUAUACAUCGAAGUAGGCGAGGACGACACGAGGGCCGUCACCCAGGUGUAUAUGCGACGCACGUAAGAGGCGACGAUCGCGGCGAAGACACACUUGGGACAAGGAGGACGAUCGAGAGUCCUUGUGUCGCGUGUUCAGACAGAGAGAAAGAGAGAGGGAGAGAGAGAGAUCGUGUCGAGCGAAGGAGAACGCACGCAGCGUUCUCAGCAGCCACUUAAGAUGCACCAGCGUGUGCCUUGGCCGUUGCUGCUCCUGAUCACGCUGCAGCGAUUGCCGGUGCAGUCGAGGAUGCACAGCGAGCGGGAGGCGGUGUUGAUAUCCGGUGACAUCGUGUUGGGUGGAUUAUUCCCGGUGCACGAGAAGGGCGGCAGCAGUGCCUGCGGGCCCAGCAUUUAUCACCGCGGCAUGCAGCGUCUCGAGGCGAUGCUGUUCGCCGUUGAUCAGAUCAAUCACGCGAACAAUAUACUGCCGGGCGUCACGCUGGGCGUGCACAUCCUCGACACAUGCGGCCGCGAGACGUACGCGCUCAAUCAGAGUCUGCACUUCGUGCGCGCCUCGCUCUCCAAUAUAGACAUCAGCGUGCUGGAGUGCGCGGACAAGUCGACGCCGAGAGUGAAGCGGACCGCCAGCGCUGGGCCCAUCUUCGGGGUGAUCGGCGGCUCCUACAGCUCGGUGUCGUUGCAGGUGGCGAACCUGCUGAGGCUCUUCCACAUACCGCAGAUAUCGCCGGCUUCCACCGCGAAGGCGCUUAGCGACAAGACCAGGUUCGACUACUUCGCGCGGACGGUACCGCCGGACACGUUCCAGUCGAUCGCGUUGGUGGACGUGGUGAAGAGCGCCAACUGGUCGUACGUGUCGACGGUGUACUCCGAGGGCAGCUACGGCGAAUAUGGCAUCGAGGUGUUCACGCGCGAGGCCACCGAGCGCAACGUGUGCAUCGCUGCGGCGCUGAAGGUGCCGAGCGCCGCGGACGACAAGGUAUUCGACGACAUCAUCCAACGGCUAAACAAGAAACCGAACGCCCGCACGAUCGUCUUGUUCACCCGGGCGGAGGACGCUCGCGGCAUCCUCGAGGCGGCCCGACGCUCGAACCUCAGCCAAUCGUUCCAGUGGCUGGCCAGCGACGGCUGGGGCCGGCAAGGCAAGCUCGUGGAGGGCCUGGAGGAGGAAGCCGAGGGCGCCAUCACCGUGGAGCUGCAGUCGGAGAACAUCCCCGGCUUCGACGAAUACAUGGCGUCGCUUACUCCCGAAAACAACCGGCGGAACCCUUGGUUCGGCGAGUAUUGGGAGGAGGUGUUCGGCUGCACCUUACAGAAGAACGUGUUCGCCAUGGAGCGUAGCAGCCAACAGCAAGCCACAGCAGGUUACUGGCGGGGUAACUCGGCGAACCAGAGUAUCACCGUGUGCCCGUCCAAUCUCAGGCUGACUGCCGCGAGCGGCUACGAGCAGGAGUCGAAGGUGCAGUUCGUCGUCGACGCGGUCUACGCGUUCGCCUUGGCGCUCAACAAUCUGCGCCGCGACCUAUGCGGUCGCAGCGAAGGCCUGUGCGCGCCGAUGGCCAACUACGACCGCGGCGCGUUCUAUAGGAAUUAUCUGCUGAACGUGUCCUUUGUGGACUCUGCCGGCAGUGAGGUGAAGUUCGACGAGCACGGUGACGGCCUGGCGAGAUACGAGAUUCUCAAUUUCCGAAAAGCGACGAGUCACAAUGGGGCGAACGGCUAUCACUAUCGGGUGGUGGGCAAGUGGUACAAUUCUCUGGACAUUCGCACCGAAGAGAUGGUGUGGGCGCGGGGCACGAAGGACAUACCGAUCUCCGCGUGCUCCCUGCCCUGCGAGCCAGGUAUGAUAAAGAAGCAACAGGGUGACACUUGUUGCUGGGUAUGCGACCAAUGCGAGGCGUACGAGUUCGUCUACGACGAGUAUACCUGCGUGGACUGCGGCCCGGGCUUCUGGCCGCAUUCCGACAAGAGGGGAUGCUACCAGCUGCCGAUCAAGCAUAUCAGAUGGACCAGCGCUUUCGCCAUCGCGCCGGCAGUGAUCUCCUGCUUGGGCAUCGUGGCGACCCUGGCAGUGGCCUGCUUGCUCUUCCAGCACCGGGACACCCCGGUGGUGAGAGCAUCCGGACGAGAAUUGACCGUGAUCCUGUUGGCCGGCGUGCUCGUCUGCUAUUUGAACACCUUCCUGCUGCUGGCAACGCCUACCACGGCAACCUGCGUGCUUCAGCGCUUCGGCGUCGGCGUCAGCUUCAGCGCCGUUUACGGCGCCCUGCUUACCAAGACCAACAGGAUCGCCAGGAUCUUCCACUCCGCCUCGAGGUCCGCCGUCAGGCCGCGAUACAUCAGCCCCACUUCGCAGGUCUGCAUCGCGGCCGCGCUGAUCGCCUUUCAGGUGGUGCUCACGCUAGUCUGGAUGAUCGUCGAGCCGCCCGGCACCAGGUUCUUCUACCCCGACCGCAGGCAGGUGAUCCUCAAGUGCAACAUCCAGGAUAUGAGCUUCCUGUUCUCCCAGCUGUACAACGCCAUCCUGAUCCUCAUCUCGACCAUCUACGCGGUGAAGACGCGCAAGAUCCCCGAGAACUUCAACGAAAGCAAGUUCAUCGGCUUCACCAUGUAUACCACGUGCAUCAUUUGGCUGGCCUUCGUGCCGAUCUACUUCGGUACCGGGAACGCGCACGAGACGCAAAUCACGACGCUCUGCGUGGCGAUCAGCCUGAGCGCGUCCGUCACCUUGGUCUGUCUCUACUCGCCCAAGGUCUACAUCAUCGCCUUCCAACCGGACAAAAAUAUCCGCGGCAAGGUCUACAUGGGCAGCACGUUCAAAAAGCAGAGCAGCGGCGCCGGUGCGUCCUCCGUAUCAAAAUACACAGGCUGCGAAUUGACGACCAGCGAGAACGUGCCACUGCAGAGCGCCUUGACGGCGGCAGUACGGACGUCCGUGGGAGUCACCGAGAUUUCACUGACAUCCAGCAAGACGAAUAACGAGCAAGUGGCGCAAUUAUAGGCCCAGGGCAGAAACAAACAAACAUCAUGGGCUUCGUAAUUCGAACGGAAUCGGCAAUUGGACGAUGCCGAUGUGCGUCCGCCUAUACCGAGACGCGAUAUUAUAGCGAGGACGUUGGAUGCCUCGAUUCGAAGUUAUCGUUAUCGUUCGCAUCUACUGUCAAUCGAAAUGUACGAAAGAGGGAAAGAAAAAGAGAGAAAGUGCGCGUAUGUAUGCUAGAGAGAGAGAGAGAGAGAGAGAGAGAGAGAGAGAGAGAGAGAGAGAGAGAGAAAGAGAGAGAGAGAAACGUCGAGAUCAUCAAUCGUUAUCACGGUCACUGUUGUCGUUAUUGUUACUGUUGUCCUUGCGUAUAAAGUAUACAUACACGUACCCACGCGAGCAAACGUACGGAUACACGUAACACACAUACAGAAAACACAAAACACGUACAGCCGCAGCAUAGAUGCAUGUGUAUGUGUGUGUGUGUGUGUGCAUGUGUGUUCGUAUGUGCGCGCAUUUAUCGGGCAAAUAUAUUACCGAGCAAUCCACUAACUCUAGGCCAGGCACCUCUCAUUCGAUAAGUACCGACCUUCAUUAGAAGUGUAAGUGUAAUUUCGCGCGUUACUCCCUCUUCUCUCUUUGUUCCCUUUUUUCCGUUUUUUUCUUUUUCCUUAACGUUCGUGGUUAUUCGAACGUCCCAUGAGAGCGCCUUUCGACGAGAUAAUCGUACACACAGUGGACAAUAAAUAAAUCGACUUGAA